CCUGCUCUAACUACUACAGCCACCAUCCCGGGAAGGAGCAGAGCUGAAGGAAAACGAGGGCGCGGGCGAAGCCGACGAGCCCUUCUUCUCCCGCUUCCAGAGCCCCGCUUUGCCCGAGGAGACCGAGCGCUUUCUGCUGCCGUUUGUCUCCCGUCUCUUCCCGUUUGGCGCCGCGACAGCCCGCAUCUCUCAUAAUCCCCCCCCCCCGGCGGAGACUCGACAAAGCACCGCCGAGCCAACCAGGCCUCUCCGACGCCCUCCUCUCUCUCCCUCAGAGAGCGCCUCCGCAGCGGCCGGGCGCCGCCAAGAGGGGCAGAGGCAGGUAAAUGGGGGCGGCCGCCGGGCGAGCGCGCGCGCGCGGGAGUUUCUGUCAGGCACGGCCGGGCUGAGGAGGAGGAGGCCUAGCCGCUGUGGUCGAGGAGACGAGCAGGCAGGCGCCACCUCCUCCUUCUCCUCUUCCAGCCUCCGCGUGAGGGCAGAGGGAGAAGGGGGCAUAGCUGCCAAGUUUUCCCUUUUCUCACGAGGAAGCCUAUUCAGCAUAAGGGAAUUUCCCUUUUAAAAAAAGGGAAGACUUGGCAGCUAUGGAAGGGGGUGUCACACGAAGGCUGCCUCUUGUGAAUGUAGAAUAAAGGGGCAUCUCGUCUGAAGGGGGCACAGCAGCGAGGGAAGCCGUGUGGAAAGGAACGGCAGCGGCAUCGCCCUUCCCCACACGACCCUGUCAAACAGUAGGGGCGGCAGCAGCAGGAGUAAAAAUACAUUGUGUGUGUGUGGAGAGAGAGAGAAGCUUUUCCCCACCUGUUUCGUACGAAAGGUGCUCUCUUUUCUAAAUAUAUUUCUUCUGAAGCGCCUUUUUUGAUUUCGAGGGAGUUAACUUCAAAGCACGUUUAGAAUCGCAGGUUUGUUUUCUGGAUUACGUUUCAGUCAUUUGAAAGCGAAAAGUGCCUUUUCUUGAAGGUCCAGCAGUUGGGCAAGGAAGCAUGCUGCUUCUUUUAGGGAGGGGGGACACUACUUAAACUGUUAAAUUCCACAGGGAUUUAUGAUGCUUAUUGUUCUUUAUUUCCAUUAUAGACCGCUUACAACCUGAAGAUUGCAAGGCAGUACAAUAAAUAAGAAAAUACAUAAAGAAUAAGCAUUUACAUAAAUACCAUAGCAAUAUAAAUAAAGUCAAGAGAGCAUUACCAGGCAGUAUAAUAAAUACAGUUCAAAGAAACAGAAUUAAGAUGAAUAUCCAAGGGCAGGGUGACAUGCUUCGUUGCUGGAAGUGUCGAAAAUAUGUAGCUAAUUCUGAUUGCCUCAUAAAUUACCAAACUGCAGACUUGGUCUUUGAAGAACCUCACUCUUCUACUGCCUCUCAGGAUAUCUGUAAUGUAUGGCACAUGAACAUAGAAGCACUUCCAGAUUGGGUGACUCAUAUAAUAGAAAAUGCACAGUGGACAACUGGAAAGCUGAACUGCCCAUUCUGUGGGGCCCGUCUGGGGGGCUUUAAUUUCGUCAAUAAUACAAAAUGCUCCUGUGGCCAAUUUACAAACAUCCAUCUUUGCAAAAGGCGAACUGACUACCAAACAGUUAGUUCAGUUACAUCAGCAAUAUCGCCACUGAAGCACUUGUCUCUUUGUAAAGUUCAUUCUGACUUUAACAACGAAAUAUGGCAGUGUGUGACAGGUGGAUCUUUGGAAGAUAGAAAUCAAAGACUUCCAUAUGUAGCCAAAAAUAACAAUGGCAUUGGACGAUUAAUGGAGGCACUUUGCCUAGAGGUAAGAUCAACCAACUUUGAGAUGAACAGUAAAGAAACACACUUCAAAGUGUCUAAUCCAAAAACAAGUAUUUCAGCUUCACUGGCUGUGAAUGACAAAUACACUGUAAAAGCUUUUCAUAGAAAAUCACAGAGUUUAGACAUGAACUUCAGAGAGAAGCUUGUUUUGCUGCCUACUUUAUAUGGAACUUCCACAGCUAAGAGACCUGUUUUCUCCAGGCAACAUGAAGCACAGCCUUUUUACACAAAGGGCUGCUUACAAUUAAAGUCUAGCAGAACACAUACUUUUUUUCAUUUCCCACUUAAAUCAGAUGCUGGUGAGCUUCCAAACAGUUUUUCAGUUACUUCUUAUGGUGCAUUUGCACAAGAAGAGACAGAGUUUAAUCAUGGUUUAAAAGCUUCCAAACAGUAUCUUGAGAGCACUACUGCUGACCAGCAGCUGUUCCUGUCUUCAGAGAGCACUACAGAAGAAGAUACUGUGCAGAAGCACAUCACACCUCUUGGUCUUCUUCAGCCUUUCACAACUGUUGAUCAAAAGUUGAACAAGAGAAAAAGGAACCAAUUGAACAGUUUGAGGAGAAAGAAAAGGUGGCCAGAGAGGUGGCCUCAGAAGCAGGCUAUGAAAACAGAAGAGGAGCACGAACACUGGCAAGAUAAGGAAAGCUACCUCUGUGCAGUGUGCCUGGAUGUUUAUUUUAAUCCUUACAUGUGCUAUCCCUGCCACCACAUCUUCUGUGAACCUUGCCUACGCACACUCGCCAAAGAUAACCCAACCAGCACUCCGUGUCCUCUGUGCCGCACAGCAAUUGCCCAAGUUUUUUUCCAAUCAGAACUGAACAAUUCAACAAAGGCUCACUUUCCUAUUGAAUAUUCAAAAUUAAAGGAAAACUUUCAAGAAUCCGGUUUAGCAAAAUGGCCCCUCCCUAGUUGCAGGAAGGCAUUCAGAGUUAUUGAAGGUCUUGAAAACACAGAUUCCUUUACACGAAGGCAUUUCCCACAUGCUGCUCACAGGAUGGACUAUAUGGACUUUGAGGAUGAUAGCAGAGGAUUGCGAUUUGACAUGGACAUGGUGAUAAUCUACAUUUAUUCCAUCAAUUGGGUUAUAGGAUUCAUUUUGUUCUGCUUUCUCUGCUAUUUUUUCUUUCCCUUUUAAGGACUUCUAUUUCCCAUUGUUUCAUUCAGCCAUCAGGCAUGGGAACAGACAUACCCCUGAUGUAAAGAGCAUGUAGAAGACUUGGAUUUACUGUUUUAGAAAUUGAAAUGGUUAAAAUAUCAAGAGUAACUCAGUGUCCAUUUUCUAAUCAUUAGGUUUUUCUGUUGCAUUUUGAACUUUGAAUUGUGGAGAAAUAUUUGUAUAUAGUGUGUACUUUACUAAUGCCUUCUAAAAUGGACACACAGUUUUCUGACCCAAUACUUUCUUUUUGGUUCUGUAUUGCCAACCUUUAAGCAAAUUAGGGCAGAUUCAAAUGUGCAUAUUCACUGAAAAGUGGCUUCUGCCACAAGCAACAAUUGGCAUGUUUGAAACAGUCUUCAUAGUUCACAUCCUACAGAUAGACCCUCCAUAUCACCUCAGAUAUAAUGAUUUCUGGGGAGGAGUUCACACCUUAAGCAGUUAGGCUGCCUUGUGAUGCUUGGAGUUUUCCAUAUGAUAUAUUUGCUUAUUAGUGUGUAUCAUAUGCACUGUAUAUCAGAUGUGUUAAGACUCUAGCUUUUCAUCUCCAGCAUUCAUCCUGAAUAUAUUAAGUUCACAUAGGAUAUGGUUCAAGAGCAGUUUUUGUGGUGACCAAUGUAGCCAAACCUGCAGAGACAAUCUAGCUCUCUUUUGUCUAUGUUUGUCUGUCAAAGUAUUGACAUGGAGGAAACUAACCUUUAGUCUCCUGAAGCAGAGUAGUCACAUGUAUUAUGGGACAAUGAGUGGAAACACAAAUCAAAAGCCACAUUAGUACUGCCUGUGUUUAAUGGAAGCUGUUUCCACAAUUCCGCAAUUAAAAGACACCCCAAAAAUCAUAUCAGAUUGCUAUUGUAAGAAAAUGCUACACCUCAUGUUUACUCUAGAUAACACCAUAUGUGGCAACAACAUUACACCUCCCUUCCCACUGCCAGUGGGAAAAUUUUAGGGAAUGUAAUGUUCAGACUUGGUCAAUGUCAUCAAGUAACAAAUCAAGUGAUGGUGCAAGAUAUCAGGUGACGAAUAUGAAUAUGUGAACCAGUCCUUUCUUUCUUUCUUAGCACUUGACAUGCAAGGUGGAAUUAGGUUACUUGCCUGUUACUUUAAUCUCACAUAUUAUACAGAUUCACACAUGCAUACAGAAUCAACUGAGGCAUGAAUGAGCAAUCACAGCUCAAGUAUCAGUCAGAAAGGUCAUAUCACCACACAUUUUCUUAAACACGGUGUUUUUCAUUAGAGACGGCUCACACAUUCAGCUGUGAGUUGUCAAGUGUUGAAAAAUCAAAUAAUCUUUAUUUGUGCACAAACUGCCCUUAGAUGUAAGAAGACUGGAAGCAUUGCAAAGAUACAUAUGUCACAGGUUCUUGUAACACACAUGCACACAUGGGCAUACCCAGCGCAGGGCAGGGGGGAGCUGCCCCCCCCAGAAGCAACUUAGCUUUUUCCA